UUCAGUUUUUCCGCGAUCGGCUCGUUAAAUGGUGCAAGCGUUAUCGUUGUCAAUUUACAUGAUAUGCCAUGCAAAGCAAGUGAGUUCUGCACUAAAAACACGUAAUUAUAUUCUGUGACAACACUAAAAAUGUAUCAAUUAUCAAACGAAGGGAGAUUAUCGGCAAAGGAGCCAUUUAAGGCUAAUUCAUAUUCAUUUUAUCGCACUUAUUGAGUGAGUGGAGUUUAAAAAGACGCUCAACUUGUUCAGGAGGGUUAGUUUAAUCGAGUUCCCCAGCUGGUGGCGAUCAUGUACAAACUAUGCAUUUUCCUGCCACUUUUCCUGGGGGUGGCUUCAAAGCCUAACUAUUCACUUCGCGUUAAACGGGACGCAGUCACUGAUCCCAGCCAAUCAUGCAACAGUCUGGUCUAUUGCCAGGGAAGUCUUCUGGAUACGGUGCAAAGAGCGCGGAUUUUUUCAGACUCCAAAACAUUCGUCGACAUGAGCCAAAUCAAUACUGAAGAAAUCACGCUGAGAAACUUUAACGCUUUACUAGCCCAGACCAACAACAACCCCACCAAGGCGGAAGUUGCCCAGUUUGUGCAGGAAAACUUCGAAAACGACACCGAGCUGGCAACGUGGACCCCGGAAGAUUUCAAUCCCAGCCCACGCUUCCUGAAGAGGAUCAAAGACGAUGAAAUAAAAACGUUUGCUUCAGACCUGGUAGGCAUUUGGCCGUCCCUCGGCCGAAAGGUUUCAAGCACCGUUUUCCAAAACCCCGAAAAACACUCUCUAAUUGGGGUUCCCAAUGGAAUCAUUAUACCAGGGGGCCGAUUUAAGGAAUUCUACUACUGGGACUCCUACUGGAUCAUUGAAGGCCUGCUUAUAAGCGACAUGCCCCGAACUGCCAGGGGAAUGAUCGAGAAUCUGCUUUCAAUGGUAGAGACUUAUGGGUUUGUCCCAAACGGCGGAAGAAUCUACUAUUUGAAUCGGUCCCAACCUCCUUUACUCACCCUGAUGGCUGCGCUCUACUUGAAAUACACUGACGAUAUCGAGUGGAUCAGGGCCAAAAUUGGAGUCUUGGACAAAGAACUCACUUAUUGGCUGCAGGAGAAGACUGUGGACGUUGUGGUAAAAGAGCGCCAGCAUCGACUGGCGCAUUAUAUUUCGGAAAGCACCACUCCCAGGCCGGAGUCCUACUAUGAAGACAUUACCACCUGCACUUACUUUCCAGAUGGAGAACAGCAAAAACAUUGCUAUCAAGGCCUGAAAAGUGGCGCUGAAAGCGGUUGGGACUUUUCCAGCCGAUGGUUUUUCGAUGAGGAUGGAGGAGUCAAAACGAACUUAACUCACAUCGAUGCCCAACGCGUGAUUCCAGUCGAUCUGAACGCUUUUCUAUGUGGGGCUUUUAGGAAAUUAUCCAGCUUUUACUUCCUCAUCGGAGAUGGGCAAAAUGCCCUAAAAUGGGCCCAGCACUCGGAAAGCUGGCUAAUUGCGAUAAAUCAAGUCCUGUACGAUGAUCAGGACGGAAUUUGGUACGACUUUGAUUUGGACUUAUCGAGGCCAAGAAAAAUGUUCUUUCCCAGCAACUUUGCUCCCUUAUGGCCGGACUUGUACGAUGCGGAGCAAAAGAAAAUCUACGGCAAAAAGGCGGCAAAGUAUUUCAAAAAAUUACGCAUCGACGAGUUCAAAGGCGGCAUUCCGACCUCGCUGGACCAAAACAAUGAGCAAUGGGACCUGCCCAAUGCUUGGCCGCCUCUUCAAGAGUUGGUGAUUUUAGGACUGUGGGACAGCGGCGAUCGCCUGGGAAAGCAGAUAGCUAAAAAGUCUGCAGGGCGAUGGAUCGAGGCCAAUCUUAAGGGCUACCAGGAGCAAAAUGCGAUGUUUGAAAAGUACGACUCCUCCAGAGUGGGCCAAUAUGGAGGAGGAGGCGAAUAUGAGGUGCAAAAGGGAUUCGGCUGGACCAAUGGCGUGGCUCUGAAGCUCAUCGACAAAUUCUACGCAAGAAACACUGAUGAUGAGGAAAAUAGUAAUGAAAUCGGCGAUUAAACGCUAUAAACUACGUAA